UCCGCUUUCAGUUCCGCGCCGGCCGGAUCUCUGCUGCACAGUGCGCAAUGUAUACACCGUCAUCACAGUGGACUAUUUGAACGGCGGUGUAGACAAACAUACGAGCAUCUGGGUUUUAACUCUCAUUGUUUCCUAUGUGACAGCCGGCGGACAGAACUUUACGCAGGGAAACAGCAGUUGAGUCUACGAGGCUACACCUGACGGAUCAUUAUCCUCGCUGAAUUUGAAACCAGUUUGUGUUCUCCUCUCAACUCCACUUGUUGAUGUGGUACUAACAGGCUAUCCCGGUAGCCACACCACGGAGACAUACUUAUGCGUAAUUUGGAUUCAAACCUGUCCGACGGCAAUGACGUUUCAACCUUUCAGGGUUUGUGGCAGAUGGAGGUGAUGUUGGGCGACCGGUAACAUCUUACGGUAUCAGAGCGUAUUACACAAGCUGCUGCCAGGUGAGGAGCGGCAUGGGGAACCAGAUGGACAAGCUAUCACAUUUAAGUUACGCAGAAGUUCCCACAGUGGACCCGAACGGCGUGGACACGGAGGACGGUCCACGGAUCGGCGUCUCCUAUAUAUUUUCGAACGACGACGACGAGCUGGAGGAUGGCUGCGCGGUCGAUGGCAAAGAGAAGGACCCGAAUCAGGAAGAGAAACAAUACGACCAGCGCGAUGAGGUGGAGUGCGCCGUCUACAACAGAGAUGAGUGCAUUUACGAGAAGAGCGUCAAGUCUGCCCACCUGGAGGUUUACUCCCCUGAGAAUCUACUAAACAAAUGUAAAGCAGGUGACCUGGUGGAGUUUGUGGCCACCGGUCAGUUCCCGCACUGGGCUGUGUACGUGGGGGACUUCCAGGUGGUGCACCUGCACAGAGCAGAGGUGAAAAACAGCUUUUUGACAGAUGCAAGUCAAGGGAGGAGGUGUAGGAUUGUGAAUGACCUGUACAAAUUCAAAGCUCUCGGCCCGGACAUGGUGGUGCAGAACGCGAUGGAGCAAGUGGGCUUAAAGGACCGAGAGCUGAGCUGGAGGAACUCCGAGUGCUUUGCCGCCUGGUGCAGAUUCGGCAAGAGGGAGUUCAAAAUGGGCGGGGAGAUACGGAUAGGCAAACAGCCCUACAGGUUGAAAGUAGUCAAGUCCGACAAACAUUCGCACAUGUUGGAGUUUCAGAGUUUGGAGGACAUGAUCAUGGAGAAGAGGAGGAACGAUCAUCUGGGCAGGUCGGCCGUGCUGCGGGAGCUGGCCGCUCACUUCAGCAGCGUGGAGGAGAUAAAAAGUGAGCCAGGCGCUGACUGAUGGUGGCUUCUUCCCCCUUUUUGAUGCUUUUCACAAUAACUGCUUUGCCAGUAGAGUAGCCUUUACCAAACAUGAACUGUUACACCCUGCUUUAAUCUAUAGCGAGCCUUCACUCCUUCAUUUUAUUUUUGAAUUGGAGCACACGUGUCAUAAUUUCUACUGGGACAUAGUCAUUUUAAUUAUGUUUUUCACAUAAGUGUGAAACAAUGUUAAUGCCUUAAAGCCACAAUCAAUAUCCCUCAGAUGCUUAAUGGCCUUAGCAGUUUUGAACUCAAUUAUCUGGGAAAAAAUUCAACUAAUUGAAUUAGUUGAUAUGCUUGUUUGUAGCUCGGACAGCUUCUCCACACAGAAUGUAUAGUUUUAUAAAAGCUUUACACAUCAGACUGUCACAAUCCAGUAAGUAGAGUGAAUGUUUCUCUAUUCAUAGUGCGUCCUGUUACUUGAUCCUUGUGUGGUUUAGCUUCCUCCCUCAGCUCACUGCUCGCUGAAUACAAGGAGGAUUUUUUUCUGCCUUUUUUUAAUUUUUUUUAUGGGUAAUUCUCACACCAGCACAUGUUGGAAUGAACGUUGUGGAGCUGGUUUUGUGUUACACUCAUCAAAGUCUGUCCUAACUGUACCCAAAGUUCAAGUAAACCAUGACCCCUUGUCUCUUUUUGAAAGGACUCCUCUGUCAUGCUGUUUUUCUUACACAUGUUAGCUGUGUGUUUAAAAUGCUCAUUCUGUCACCCUCCUGUGAUCUGUGUUUCUUAGAAAAAAGUCAAAUGGGUUUAAAAAGCAAAUAGUCUUAGCUUUAACGAUAUUAAGACAAAUCAGAUUCACCAGCGUAGUGUUUCGACCAGGUUCAUGGGUUAUAGCGAGCUAAUUGGGGUUAAAUCCUGGUGUUUAGGUCUCGCAAGAUUAGCUCGCUUUUACCUGAGGAAUCACCACUGUAACCUACUGUAUGCUGCAGGCCGAGUCUGUUUAAAACCAGACUAUCAAGAACACCUGCCUAUCCGCCUAUAGGCAGGUGAUUAUGUUCAGAUGAUGUUUUCAUAAUCAACAACUGUUUUGGUUCUCCCCGAUUGUUUUCAUCAUUUCCCUGGCAACGUUGGUGAAAGACAUUAACGGAUCCCAGCUCAUCCCAUGUGAGGAUUUGCUGCUCUUUGUCUGUUUAUAUAUAAUUUGUUAAAUGGAUGUCUUUGUAAUUUGUCAUGUUGUCCAGGCAAAACAAGGUAUUCAAAGACGUCACCUUGGAUUCUGGGAAACUUUUAUUUUAUGACAUUUGAUAGACUAAACCAUCAACAAAAAGCUAUCGUCAGAUUAAUUGAUGAUGAAAACAAAUUGAUAGUUUAGCAGCACUGUCACUAUGUUAGGGUGAAUGAUUGCGAUGAUUCCUGGGGCUGACAGCUGACAAACUUUUAGUAAAUUCAUAAAGGGGGGCCUAAAGCAAUAAUCCUCAAGGGACCCAGAAUUUCUAUUUGCGGCCCUGCCCACAGUAUCCAGGUAUGGACAAAAUGAUUGCAUUCAGGGUACAAAGUGACGAGCAAUAACGGGAAUAAUACGCCGCUUAUAUGAUGUUUGGAUGAAACACUUUUUACAGAAUGCUCCUCCUAGAUUAUUUUCAUCAGAACUACAAUGGAUGUUUGCAGCUUUAGUAUUAAACUAGAACCGACCAAAAUAUCAAUAAACUAAAUUUGUUGUUUCAUAUAAUUUUUUUUUUUAGGAUUCCAGACAGUAUUUUGUUUUCAGCCCUGAAUAGCACAAGAUAACGUUGUGCGUGUUUUUAUAGCCUCAGUGUGAUGAGACAACAUUGCAUCAAUGGAAAGAGUGCUCACUGUGCCCUGAUGAUGGCAGUGAUAAGCUUUAGUUAUCGAUGUAGAAGCCGUUGCUAUCUGCAGCCUUCCAUCAGUGAUUCUCUCGCAUCAGAAACUGUUACAAUUCUUAUCUUUAGUUUUUCCUCAUAUUCAUUUAUUCUAAUAGUUUAUUCCCUUUAAGAGAACUGAAAUGUUACUGUCAAGGCUAACAUCCAUUUCCAACUCAGAGCUUCUCAUGUUUGUUCAGGUGAAAUGCUUGAAAAGAAAUCAUACUAAUAUUUUUAGCAAUUUUUCAAAUGACUACAGUUUUUAAUGCAGAAACUACUGCAUUGUUGCACUAAAUUGCUCCAUGCAGCAACCAUAAACCCACAGCUUAAAACCUGCAGCAGUCUGACCUCCAGUUUCAAAUAAAUCAGACUAUUGAACUUUUGGAACUAUUGGCAUCAUCUAUGAUGGUCUGUCAAAUCUCUAAAUAGACUUCCAUAAUGACCACAGGGAACAACCAGGCUUAAAUGCUGCAUAUGAUACAUGCAGUAUGGUACGCUGGUAGCUAUCUGUCUGCUUUAGCCCCCAUGUGCUGCAUUUUCCCAGCAGUUGUUCCGAUGUUCCUGGCAGUGCUCGAAUCAAAUUAGGACAUGUUAAACCCUCCUCAGAGUCUCAUGAAGUUAAGCGUUUCCCAAGUAAAUUAGACCAUUUUAUAUUGAACUAAAAGCCAUUUAACAAGACAGGAGUGCAGAUGUUGCUGCUUUAGCUGCAAAGAGGUUUUUAUCAUCUUGUGUGUCGAGAGGCAUCCUGUAUUUGAGGUGAAAACUCCGAUAGUUGAGCUGUGCGUUGCAGGACCUGGUUCUUGAGAUGUUUGGCUGAAUUUGAACUUCAUGUCAGAUGAACUUGAGUGUGAAGAGGCGAGGUUGGUGUCUGCUGUUUGUGUGUUGUUUGUAGUUUCCAGGUACAUCAGUGCAGUUUUGCCCAACCCUUUUUGUUUUUUUGCGACCCCUUAAAGUGCAGCGAUGUCGACUCGUGACCCCUCGUCACAGCUUCUGUCCUCAGUGUGAACAUGAGAUGUGACCUGUUUUCUUUCUCAAGCUGUUCCACUCAAAGGUCUGGAGAGGUGAAAGUAUUCAGUAUUUGACAAGAGGGGGGAAAAAAAGUAAUUAGAGAAACAGAUGAAAAUUACCUUUAUUUGGUUCUUUGCUUUCAUACCAACACUGUCAAAAAUGUUACUGAGGCAUUUCUGUCUAUAGUGACAUCCUAAAAACCUCAUUGUCUUAAAAGCAAGUGAAACACAUCUUCAGCUACCAUGAGAGCUUCCAUCUGUUUCCAACUGAAAGCAGAAUGAAUUGUCUCGUGUUUUUGUCUUGAAACAACAAAUAUAAAUGUCUGUCGCUGCACUAGAAUAAAGACAAAUUGAACUUGAUUUUUAACAAAUUUAUAGAACAAGUAGAACUAUUUUCAUUGCAUCGGUAGAUGUUUUUCUCUUGGUUAUAAUAAAUAUUCAUAAUAUGACAACUUACAACCCCCAAAUUAAUAUCACAAGGUGUAUUUCGUUUUUAUACAGAGCAUUCCUCCUGUAGUAUACUUGGAGGGUGCACUAUGCUCUUACAGUGAAGCAGCAUCAACUCUCUCCCAGUCCAUUCCUCUUGAUGGGAUGUGAAAGCUUGGACAUGGUGGAGGCAACCCAAUUAUAAUCAACUGUCAGCGCUCGCCUACAGGUACCUCAGCCGUCUGCUGCUAUACUGUGUUUGGUUUAUUUCCAUAGGAUGCUGAUGAGAUUAGUUGCAUUAUCAGAGAGCGAGAAACCAGCAUUCAUGUCCCACUGUGGCAGACAUACUAAAGAUAAUUAGCUGUAUGUAUGUGAGCGGUAUUCAGUGGAUGAGGAAUGGAAAGAAGCAUUUCAACAAGCUCUCUGUCAGAAAAUGCUUGCUUCCUAUCUGUUCAUUCCUCCAAACAUACUAUUGUUCAUAAGUGGAUGCACAUUAGCAGCCAAGAUGCUCAAACCUUAAUAACCUGUUGGAGAGGCUCAUCUUGAGGUGGUCCAUUUCUCAUUUUCACCACAUGGGUAAUUUAGCUUUGGGAAAAAAAGAAAAUACUCUGAUUUUUUCCUGUUCUGUAAACACAAACAAAAGACUUGGCAGACCAUUAGAGACCAACACAUAAAACUGAGUUUUUUACUCUUCAGAAAAAGGUUUUCGAUACAAGAGCCGAGAGACAAGUAUUGUCAGUUUUUCAGCUCAGUGUUUUCUAUGUUCAAUUAAUGCGAAUUAUGACGAUGAAGGCAAUGAUGCUCCUUUUCCAUCAGUAAGACAAAAAUAAAUGGCUCGACUUUAUAUGUAUACUUUUAGUACCGACUUAAACAAACAAGAUAAAUAAAAGAUUGAUGAGCUUCAAUGGUGCCGGUAAGUUGAUUAUAUUCCCGUUAGACAGAGCCAGGCUAGCUCUUUUCUCCUGUUCUCACUAUUUAUGAUGAGCUAAGCUAACCAUAUGCUGCUGUAGCUUCAUAUUUACUGUACAGGUAUGAGGGGUAUUGAUCUUCUUAUCUAAUUCUUGGCAAGAAAGUGACUUUCUCAAAAUGCUUAACUACUCCUCUAAUGAUCAAAAUAAAAUGUCAAUAGUGCUGGAACAUUGUAAAUGACUAUUGUUGUUUCUCACUAUAAAAUGGAAGACGUGACACGACCCAAUAACUACAUCGCAAUGCAUUUGAAAAUGCAGCUGUGAAAAAGUAGAAAAGUGAGUGUGUUGAGUAAGUGCAGCAUCUAAAAAGUACAC